CCGAUCACUGUCAUACCCCCCACACUCCUCUCCUGUACAUACCAAUCACUGUCACCCCCCCACACUCCUCUCCUGUACAUACCGAUCACUGUCAUCCCUCCACACUCCUCUCCUGUACAUACCGAUCACUGUCAUACCCCCCACACUCCUCUCCUGUACAUACCGAUCACUGUCACACCCUCCACACUCCUCUCCUGUACAUACCAAUCACUGUCACACCCCCCACACUCCUCUCCUGUACAUACCGAUCACUGUCAUCCCCCACACUCCUCUCCUGUACAUACCGAUCACUGUCAUACCUCCCACACUCCUCUCCUGUACAUACCGACCACUGUCAUACCCCCUCCACACUCCUCUCCUGUACAUACCGAUCACUGUCAUACCCCCACACUCCUCUCCUGUACAUACCGAUCACUGUCAUACCCCCACACUCCUCUCCUGUACAUACCGAUCACUGUCAUCCCUCCACACUCCUCUCCUGUACAUACC